AUGCCAUCUCUUCCCCCAGGUUCAAGACGUGAGAAGCUGGAAGAUUACUCAAGGACAUGGGCUGGGGUGUCUUGGGAUGAGAGAAAGAUCAAAUCUCUGGAUGGAACGAGACUCUCCGUGGCCGUCGCACGUCCGGAAAUCCUUUCUGCAUCUGCGCAAGACAAACGCAAACAAGUUGUUGUGCUUUACUUCCAAGGAAAUGGCGCAUCCAUCCCUCCUCGGACACCGAUGCUCUCAAACAUCCUCAGAGCUGCGGCAAAGGAAUCACCACAUGACUGGACCUUGCUCGCGCUGUCUUACCGUGGGUAUUGGACAUCCUCUGGACGUGCUCAUCAAAGAGGUAUCGAACAGGAUGCACAAGCUUUUGUGACUUGGGCAGUGCAGAACUAUGGUCAGGAUCCUGGCAACACCGAAAUGAUCCUCUGGGGCCAAAGCAUCGGAUCAGGAAUUGCUGCAUAUGCCGCAUCAAAACAUUCGGAAUCGUCACAGACCACUGAUGUUGCUCGAAUAUCCCGCCUCGUGCUGGAAACCCCCUUCGUCAGCAUCAAGAGUAUGCUUGCAGCCAUUUACCCAGAUUGGUGGGUACCCUACAAGCACCUUUGGCCAUUCCUCCGCAGCUGGUGGGAUAGUGAAGAUGCUCUGCGCAAGAUCGCCGAAUCAUCUUACCCACCAAAAGUGCUAAUGGUCGUCGCCUCCGGAGAUGAGAUUGUUCCUCGAGUUCAGGCCGACCAAUUGGAAACCCUUUGUAGAGACCUACGACUGGAUGUUACCAGGAAAGAUGUCCUUGGUGCUUUGCAUACUCAAGCAAGUACUCUCGAGCAGGGCAAGAGGGUCAUCUCGGAUUGGAUGGCAGAUCGCCAAAUCCACUGA